GCGCUUGGAAGGAGAAGGAAGGCCUCCUUGAGGCGAAAAGAUGGCGGCGAUAUGCGCCUGGCAGCAAGGGAGGAAAGGGUUGCUGCGGCUGCUGAGGCGGCAAGAAGGGCCUCUCCUGACGGGGCCCCCGGCCUUCCCUUGGGCUCCCUGCCGCCAUUACAAAAAGAAAUGGGCGACCACUGCUCCUCGGGUGCCUUCCACCAGGCUGGCUCUACAGAUCUUUGACAUGAACUAUGGGGUGCAGUUCGGCAGUCUCUGGCCUUCGAUCCGCAUCAGUCUUCUGUCGGAGCAGAAAUAUGGUGCUCUUGUCAACAAUUUUUCUGAUGCACUGCAGAUAACCCAGCAGCUGGAAGACUUGAAUGCAGUGGAUUUCAUCUGGGAAUCUAAAAAAGUAGUACAGAACCCUGAUCCUAUAGGUGAGGACAAUGCCAGUCAAUCAGCCCCUUCUCCAGAAACCAGGACUGAGCUUUCCACUCAGCAGGAGCAGCCUCUUCCUUCCAUCAGUCCCAACAUCAAGUGCUACACAUUUCCCAAAGGAGACAUCAGCAUUUUUCAUCCAGCCAGGCCAGAUGUGAUAGGAAUUCUGGGUUAUUAUCUCCUUGAUGCUGCAUCAGUUUUGCCUGUCUUGGCUCUCAAUGUACAGCCUGGUGACCUAGUCCUUGAUCUUUGUGCAGCACCAGGUGGGAAGACAUUAGCACUUCUACAGACUGCGUGUUGCCGAGAGCUGGCAGCCAAUGAUCUUUCUACUUCUCGCACCCGUCGCCUGCAUGAGGUUCUUCACAGAUACCUUCCACAAGAGCUCCAAAAAGUAGUACGGAUUACAUCGUGGGAUGGAAGGAAGUGGGGUGAGCUGGAGACAGGCACCUUUGAUAGGGUGCUUGUGGAUGUGCCAUGCACAAAUGAUCGGCACUCACUCAUAGAAGAAAAUAACAAUAUCUUUAAGCGUAUGAGAAAAGGGGAGCGUCAGAUGUUGCCCAUGCUGCAACUGGAGUUGCUUGUAGCUGGAAUUCGUGCUGCCAAGCCAAGAGGUGAAGUGAUCUACUCAACAUGCUCCUUGUCUCAGCUCCAGAAUGAGUAUGUGGUUGAGAGAGCUGUGGAGUUAUUGGCAAUUCAAUAUGACAUAGAAGUACAAGUUGAAGACUUAAGCUAUUUUCGAAGGUUGUUCCAGAGUACAUUUUCUUUCUAUCCAGAUUGCAGACUUGGGGAACUUAUCAUUCCUCACCUCACAGCUAAUUUUGGACCCAUGUAUUUUUGUAAACUGCACAGGUUAAAUUAGAAUGGACAGAGGAUGACAUGAUGGGAGAGAGAGUAUCUUUCUAGCAUUCCUUCAACAGUUGUUGCUGUUGUUGUUGUUAUUUAAAGCUGUAAUAAGUAUGUAAAUGGAUUGUAUUGAAUUACCACAAAGCUGUAAUGGAAUUUGCAAAAAAAUGGAAACUUCCUGUUUUACCAGCAACAUAUGUGGGCUUCUCUACACCUUACACGAUGCUUGUGGAUCAAGUGGAAAAGCAGUCACUGCCCAAGCAGUCUACAUGGUGGGGAAUUGUGAGAUAUAAUUUUUACAUUGGCAUUGGCCAAAAUUUGUGGACAGCUGUGUGCAAACAUUACAUAGGCGUAGGUAUGGUCAAUGCUGCUGUGUGAGUACUAUAUGUGCAUUGUGCAUUUAUGUGCCUUCAGUUUAAUAAUGCAAUUAAAAACAUACAAAAUGCAAACAUUAAAAUAGAAUUAAACUA